CUUGAAAGCAAGCCCCUUUAAGCCUUCUUCAUAAUAAAACAAAUAAUAGCAACCCCACCUAUCAUUUCUUUAUCCAUUAGUCCCACUUGUGUCUUAGUUGGUUCCUACUCUAUUAUUUUGUCACUUCUGAGUGACUAUGAGCUAAGCAAAUGGUUUUGGAGUCCAAAUACCAGGGUUUUCUCCGAAACUGCUGGCAAAACCAUCUUAGUUUUGCACUCCAUUUCAUCUCCCCACUCACUUCACACGUUAUAUAAGAGCCCAUCCUCACAUCGGACACCACAAAACACAACCAAAAAUCUCUUUUACAUCUUCCUAACAUCUCAAUUUCAAUUUGUUUCAGUUCCAAUUUAAAGCAAGAAAGAAAAGAAUGUGUGCAACAAACAGAGCUUCUUUGAUAGUGGCAGCAAGUAUUGGUGCGAUGGAGGCCUUGAAAGACCAAGGGAUUUGCCGAUGGAAUUAUCCUCUAAGGUCACUUCAACAGCAUGCCAAGAACAAUAUCAGAUCAUACUAUCAGGCCAAGAAACUUGCAGUUCAGUCUUCUUCGGCUAUAUCUAGUAAAGUGAAUCAUGAGAAGCUGAAGCAAUCUGAAGAGUCUUUGAGAAAAGUCAUGUACUUGAGUUGUUGGGGUCCUUAGAUCCCCCCUACACUUCUUGUAAAUAUAUUGCCAAUUUUGAAUGAUAAUAUAAAUUAGUUCAUCCCAAAUUGUUCUCUUUCA